AUAAAAACGAAGACGCGUCUUCUCGAAGCUUAGUGCGACAGCGAACUCUUAACCAGCCGGCGAUCCAACCUAACUCUUAUUUUCAAAGCGCCGACCACUCGACAAUUCCAGUUUUUGAUUGAGCCGCAAUACACUAAACAUGGUCCGAGCUGGCCAUAUUAUACUCUUGACUCAACUUUUGGUCAUUGCGAACGGGGUAGAUCUACGAAAUGAUGAUGAUUUUGCUAAUAACGAAGUCAGCCCAGCCGAGGUGGCACUUUCGUUUCCCAGAGUAUCUCGCAAAGCCUCUUCCAUCGAUGGUAACAUAGAUAAAAUCGAAGUCAAAUGUGAUACAUCGAAUGGCAUGAUAGUAGAGGUUGAAUUUGCCGAGGUAUUCAAUGGAGUUAUUUACAGUCAGGGAUACUACAACGAUCCCAAGUGCAGAUAUGUGAGCGGUGGAAGUAACGAACAGAGAUAUGUAUUCAAGGUGCCCUUCGAUGGUUGCGGUAGCAAGCCGUCCUGUUCGCUGUGUGCAUCUGUUGAUAAUAUUCUGAUCAUUCAGAACGAUGAAGAUAUUCAAGAAAGUUGGGACACAGCUCGCAAAAUAACAUGUAGUCGCAGUGAUGAACAGGAAAAAACGGUUUAUUUCAGACCAUUCGUUGUGGAUAUGUUGGAAGUGAUAUCGGUUGAAACUCCAAGUGGCCCAGUUCAAUGUUGGAUGGAAAUUGGAACAGGAAUACCACCAAAUAUUAAACCUAUAAAUUACACAUUGAAACUUGGCACAGAUAUUACUUUCACCAUAAAUGUUAAGCAAUCGGUGCAAUCGUGGGACAUCAACAUCCUACAAUGCUACGCCUCCGAUGAUCCAGAGUUUGAUGCACGCACUACAAACAAAUUACAACUUUCCGAUAAAAACGGAUGCUCAAUUAAGGAAAAAAUAUUUGGAGAAUGGAAAAGAUUUGAGUCCAUUCCUGGUCAAACUUUAACUUAUUUUAAUACAUUGAAAGCAUUUAAAUUUCCAGACAGAUCUCAAGUUUAUCUUAAAUGUGAUAUCGAACUAUGCAAUGGCUCUUGCGAUAGAGACUACAAGUGUGGUGGCCAUAUACCAUCAACUGUGCCAACAUUGCCUACUAAUAAACCCCCGCGCUGCUAUCCUGGUUCAACUGAUCCUCGUUGCCCACAAGAACCAAGAACAACGGUUGCUCCCAACUGCUACCCAGGAUCAACAGAUCGGAGGUGCCCCCAGUCACCCAGAACUACAUCAACACCUCGCUGCUUCCCUGGAUCAACAGAUCCUGAUUGCCAGCCUGCCACUUAUUUACCACCGACCACAGCCCGACCUCCAGUAACACCAGCUAAGCCGCAGUGUUAUCCUGGCUCAACCGAUGUACGCUGUCCGCAACAACCUAAAACUACUUCCGCUCCCAUUUGUUAUCCAGGAUCACCUAAUCCUCGUUGUCCACAACAACCCAAGACGACGUCUGCUCCCAACUGUUAUCCAGGAUCAACUGAUCGAAGGUGCCCUCAGCAACCUAGAACUACAUCGAAGCCACGCUGCUUCCCUGGGUCAGCAGAUCCCGUUUGCCAACCGGCUACUACAUUGCCACCGACUACAUCACGACCUACAGUAACUCCUAAGACGACUUCGACACCCAUUUGUUAUCCAGGAUCGCCUAAUCCUCGUUGUCCACAACAAGCUAAGACGACUUCUGCUCCCAACUGUUAUCCAGGAUCAACUGAUCGAAGGUGCCCUCAGCAACCUAGAACUACAUCGAAGCCCCGCUGCUUCCCUGGAUCAACAGAUCCUGAUUGCCAGCCUGCUACUUAUUUACCACCAACCACAGCCCGACCUCCAGUAACACCAGCUAAGCCUCAGUGCUAUCCUGGCUCAACCGAUGCUCGCUGCCCGCAACAACCUAAAACAACUUCUGCUCCCAUAUGCUAUCCAGGGUCGCCUAAUCCUCGUUGUCCACAACAACCUAAGACAACGUCUGCUCCCAACUGCUAUCCAGGAUCGACUGAUCAAAGGUGCCCCCAGCAACCUAGAACUACAAUAAAACCUCGCUGCUUCCCUGGAUCAACGGAUCCUGAUUGUCAACCGGCUACAACUCUACCUUCGACUACAUCACGACCUACAGUUACACCUAAGACGACUACUACUCCCAUUUGUUAUCCAGGAUCCCCUAAUCCACGUUGUCCACAACAACCCAAGACAACGUCUGCCCCCAAAUGUUAUCCAGGAUCGACAGAUUCUCGUUGUCCACAACAAUCUAAAACGACAUCUACUCCAAACUGCUAUCCAGGAUCGAAAGAUCCUGCAUGCUUAAAUUGUUACCCCGGAUCACCAGAUCCAAGAUGCCCAAAGGUUCCAACAACCAGGAAGCCUGGAUGUUACGAAGGUUCCAGUGAUCCAAAUUGUCAACCUGCCACUUAUCUUCCCCCUAUCAAAACAACUAAGAUUCCGGGAAGCCAAAUUACUCCUUCAAAGCCUAAUUGUUUCGAUGGAUCUACUGACCGCAGAUGUCCUCAAAAGCCGAAAACAAUGCCAUUGCCUAACUGUUAUCCAGGCUCGACUGAUUCUAGAUGCCCACAGCAACCAAAGACAACAAUUCCACCAAAGUGCUACCCUGGGUCCAGUGAUUCUCGAUGCCCUCAGGAACCCAGAACUACAAACCGCCCACAAAUAACUACGACAAAACCAAGGUGUUAUCCUGGUUCUACUGAUCUUCGCUGCCCGCAAGAGCCUAAAACUACAGCUGCUCCCAAUUGUUAUCCAGGCUCCUCAGAUCCGCGAUGCCCACAGAAGCCUAGAACUACUACAAGGCCCAGCUGUUACCCUGGAUCUACAGAUCCCGAUUGCCAACCAGCUACAUAUCUUCCACCGACCACGGCUCGCCCUUCGAUAGCAACCUCUAGGCCAAAUUGUUAUCCAGGUUCAACUGAUGCAAGAUGCCCUCAAAUACCGAAAACAACAUCCAAACCAAACUGUUAUCCUGGAUCCACUGAUCCCCGCUGUCCACAACAACCCAAGACGACAUCUAAGCCAAACUGUUAUCCUGGAUCCACAGAUCCACGUUGUCCGCAGCAACCUAAGACGACAGCUAAGCCGAACUGUUAUCCUGGUUCAUCGGAUCCGCGAUGCCCUCAGGAACCAAGAACUACAUCGAAACCCCGCUGCUACCCUGGAUCGACAGAUCCUGAUUGCCAACCAGCCACAUAUCUUCCACCAACCACAGUUCGCCCUUCGAUAACAACCCCUAGGCCAAAUUGUUAUCCAGGUUCAACAGAUAUAAGAUGCCCACAACAACCGAAGACAACAUCUAAGCCAAACUGUUAUCCUGGAUCCACAGAUCCACGUUGUCCGCAGCAACCUAAGACGACAGCUAAGCCGAACUGUUAUCCUGGUUCAUCGGAUCCGCGAUGCCCUCAGGAACCAAGAACUACAUCGAAGCCCCGCUGCUACCCUGGAUCGACAGAUCCUGAUUGCCAACCAGCCACAUAUCUUCCACCAACCACAGUUCGCCCUUCGAUAACAACCCCUAGGCCAAAUUGUUAUCCAGGUUCAACAGAUACAAGAUGCCCACAACAACCGAAGACAACAUCUAAGCCAAACUGUUAUCCUGGAUCCACUGAUCCUCGUUGUCCGCAACAGCCUAGAACAACAGCUCGUCCCAACUGUUUUCCGGGAUCGUCGGAUCCUAGAUGCCCUCAGGAACCAAGGACUACACCGAAACCAACAACUAAGGCAACUGUUAAGCCUGCAUGCUAUCCAGGAUCAAAAGAUCCCGAAUGCUUAAAUUGUUUCCCGGGGAUCCCCAGAUCCAAGAUGCCCAAAGGUUCCAACAACCAGGAAAGCUGGAUGCUACGAAGGUCACGUGAUCCAAAUUGUCAACCGGCGACGUACCUCCCGCCAAUUAAAACAACUAAGAUUCCGGGUAACCAAGUUACUCCCUCAAAACCUAAUUGUUUGGCUGGAUCUACAGACCCCAGAUGUCCGCAAAAACCGAAGACAACGGCUUCACCAAACUGCUACAGAGGAUCUUCAGAUCCUCGAUGCCCCCAAGAACCCAAAACUACAUCAAAACCACGUUGCUACCCCGGAUCUAACGAUCCCGACUGUGAGCAAACCACUUAUCCACCGCGGACUACAAUUCGUCCUCCGAUAACUACAUCUAAACCAAGAUGCUAUCCAGGAUCUGCUGAUCCUCGGUGUCCUCAGGAACCAAGAACUACUACAAGACCCAGCUGUUACCCGGGAUCUACAAAUCCCGAUUGCCAACCAGCUACAUAUCUUCCUCCAACCACAGUUCGCCCUUCGAUAACCACAUCUAGGCCAAAUUGUUAUCCAGGUUCAACUGACGCAAGAUGUCCCCAACAACCGAAGACGACAGCUAAGCCAAACUGUUAUCCUGAAUCCACAGAUCCUCGUUGUCCGCAGCAACCUAAGACGACAGCUAAGCCGAGCUGUUAUCCUGGUUCAUUGGAUCCGCGAUGCCCUCAGGAACCAAGAACUACAUCGAAGCCCCGCUGUUAUCCUGGAUCGACAGAUCCCGAUUGCCAACCAGCUACAUAUCUUCCACCAACCACAGUUCGCCCGUCGAUAACUACACCUAAGCCAAAUUGUUAUCCAGGUUCAACAGAUGCAAGAUGCCCACAACAACCCAAGACAACAUCUAAGCCAAACUGUUAUCCUGGAUCCACAGAUCCUCGUUGUCCGCAGCAACCUAAGACGACAGCUAAACCGAACUGUUAUCCUGGUUCAUCGGAUCCGCGAUGCCCUCAGGAACCAAGAACUACAUCAAAGCCUCGUUGCUACCCUGGAUCUACAGAUCCCGAUUGUCAACCAGCUACAAAUCCUCCACCGACCACGGUUCGCCCUUCGAUAACAACCUCUAGGCCAAAUUGUUAUCCAGGUUCAACAGAUAUAAGAUGCCCACAGCAACCAAAGACAACAUCUAAGCCAAACUGUUAUCCUGGAUCCACAGAUCCACGUUGUCCGCAGCAACCUAAGACGACAGCUAAGCCGAACUGCUAUCCUGGUUCGUCGGAUCCGCGAUGCCCUCAGGAACCAAGAACUACAUCGAAGCCCCGCUGUUACCCUGGAUCGACAGAUCCCGAUUGCCAACCAGCCACAUAUCUUCCACCAACCACAGUUCGCCCUUCGAUAACAACCUCUAGGCCAAAUUGUUAUCCAGGUUCAACAGAUACAAGAUGCCCACAACAACCGAAGACAACAUCUAAGCCAAACUGUUAUCCUGGAUCAACUGAUCCUCGUUGUCCGCAACAGCCCAAGACGACAUCUAAGCCAAACUGUUAUCCUGGAUCAACUGAUCCUCGUUGUCCGCAACAGCCUAGAACAACACCUCGUCCCAACUGUUAUCCGGGAUCGUCGGAUCCUAGAUGCCCUCAGGAACCAAGGACUACACCGAAACCAACAACUAAGGCAACUGUUAAGCCUGCAUGCUAUCCAGGAUCAAAAGAUCCCGAAUGCUUAAAUUGUUUCCCGGGAUCCCCAGAUCCAAGAUGCCCAAAGGUUCCAACAACCAGGAAAGCUGGAUGCUACGAAGGUUCACGUGAUCCAAAUUGUCAACCGGCGACGUACCUCCCGCCAAUUAAAACAACUAAGAUUCCGGGUAACCAAGUUACUCCCUCAAAACCUAAUUGUUUGGCUGGAUCUACAGACCCCAGAUGUCCGCAAAAACCGAAGACAACGGCUUCACCAAACUGCUACAGAGGAUCUUCAGAUCCUCGAUGCCCCCAAGAACCCAAAACUACAUCAAAACCACGUUGCUACCCCGGAUCUAACGAUCCCGACUGUGAGCAAACCACUUAUCCACCGCGGACUACAAUUCGUCCUCCGAUAACUACAUCUAAACCAAGAUGCUAUCCAGGAUCUGCUGAUCCUCGGUGUCCUCAGGAACCAAGAACUACUACAAGACCCAGCUGUUACCCAGGAUCUACACAUCCCGAUUGCCAACCAGCUACAUAUCUUCCUCCGACCACAGUUCGCCCUUCGAUAACAACCUCAGGGCCAAAUUGUUAUCCAGGUUCCACUGAUGCAAGGUGCCCUCAACAACCGAAGACAACAUCUAAGCCAAACUGUUAUCCUGGAUCCACUGAUCCUCGCUGCCCACAACAUCCAAGAACGACACCCGGUCCUAACUGCUACCCUGGAUCGUCUGAUCCUCGGUGCCCCCAGCAACCGAGAACUACAACUUAUCAACCCCCUACUACAAUUCGACCUCCGAUAACUACACCGAAUCCAAGAUGCUAUCCAGGAUCUGCUGAUCCUCGUUGUCCUCAGGAAACAAGAACUACUACAAGGCCCCGCUGUUAUCCGGGAUCUACCGAUCCCGAUUGCUUACCAGCUACAUAUCUUCCUCCGACCACAGUUCGUCCUUCGAUAACUACGUCAAAGCCCAACUGCUAUCCUGGUUCAGCUGAUUCGAGGUGCCCUCAACAGCCGAAGACAACAUCUAAGCCAAACUGCUAUCUUGGCUCCACUGAUCCUCGCUGUCCGCAACAACCAAGAACGACACCCGGUCCUAACUGCUACCCAGGAUCGUCUGAUCCUCGGUGCCCCCAGCAACCGAGAACUACAACUUAUCAACCCCCUACUACAAUUCGACCUCCAAUAACUACACCGAAACCAAGAUGCUAUCCUGGAUCGUCUGAUCCUCGAUGCCCCCAGGAACCCAGAACUACUACUCUUCAACCCCCUACUACAAUUCGACCUUCGAUAACUACUUCAAAGACAAGAUGCUAUCCUGGUUCAACUGACCCACGUUGCCCACAGCAACCUAACACGACACCAUCGCCUAAUUGCUAUCCAGGAUCGAACGAUCCUCGGUGCCCAACAACUAAGACAACUGCUACGCCAGCAUGCUAUCCAGGAUCCAAAAAUCCUGCAUGCUUAAAUUGUUACCCUGGUUCCCCAGAUCCAAGAUGUCCCAAGGUUCCUACAACUAGAAAACCAGGGUGUUACGAAGGUUCAAGUGACCCAAAUUGUCAGCCGGCCACUUAUCUCCCACCAAUUAGAACAACCAAGAUUCCCGGGAACCAAAUUACUCCCGCGAAGCCUAAUUGCUUUGAGGGAUCUUCUGACCCUAGGUGCCCUCAAAAACCGAAGACUACUUCUUCGCCAAACUGUUAUAGAGGAUCUUCAGAUCCUCGAUGCCCCCAAGUGCUCACAACUACAUCGAAACCCCGCUGCUACCCAGGGUCUACUGAUCCCCAAUGCGAAUCAGUUACUUACCCACCCCGCACUACAAUUCGUCCAACAAUAACUACCUCUAGACCAAACUGCUAUUCAGGUUCAUCUGAUCCUCGAUGCCCACAACAACCGAGAACAACACCUAGGCCCAAUUGUUAUCCGGGAUCAUCGGAUCCUCGAUGCCCUCAAGUACCAAGAACUACUUCGAAGCCACGCUGUUACCCUGGAUCCACUGAUCCUGAUUGCAAGCCAGUAACUUACCUUCCACCAACUACAGUUCGUCCAUCAAUAACUACGUCUAGACCGAAUUGUUACCCUGGUUCAAGUGAUCCUAGGUGCCCACAGCAGCCUAAAACGACUCGUACACCCUGUUAUCCUGGAUCGUCUGAUCCUCGCUGCUCCCAAAACUUGGUCACGACAACAUCGCGGCCUAAUACUACACCUUCUUAUUGCUUCCCAGGGUCUGUAGAUCCUCGUUGUCCUGACACAUAUAAGGGUUCAACUCCUAUUCCUGCCACGUACUUGCCGCCUUUAAGUAAUCCAGGCUAUGAUAGGACCAUAAGAGACGCAAAAAGCCAAUUCUUCACAGAGAUUAACAAAUUGGCUUCAACAGAUAACAAUGUUUUUGAGCUAGAAGAUGAUGAUGAGAGUGAGUACUCUAGAAAUAAACGCGAUCUGAGCGAUAAAGAUAUAGACCCAAUAGCAUUUAAUGAAGCCAGCGAAGAUCUUCUAUCAAGAAAAAUCAUGAAGCGUGAGUUCAAUGAGCGUCCACCGGAAAGAGAGGUUAUUUCCUUUACCCUCGGCAUUCGAACAGGGAUUCAAGUGAAUUAGACCGAUUUGUACAAUAUUAAAUUGUUAUAGCCGAUAACGUAGCUCUCUCGCAAUAAGAUUAACUUGUUAAAAAAAUGAUUUAUUAUGAUAUUUAUAUAUAUAUAUAUAUUAUUACUAUUAAACGUAAUUAUAUAUAUUAUUAUUAUAUAUUAUUACUAUUAAACGUAAUCAUUCAAAUAUACUCGAUUUUAGUAAUAGUCUCAUUUUAAGUAUUUUCAAA